CAUGGCGUCCGAAGGCUUUUCCUGUCUUUCAUCUUCAAAUCAAAACUUCUCCUCUUACGCUUUUAUCGAAAUAAAGCUGGUUAUUAAAUGUGAGACAGACGAGAGUAUUCUCCUUCAGCAAUCUCCUGGAUGUCACGACUGGGGGUCACCAAGUGUAGAUAUUUGUCAGGAUGAAUGUUUUGAGAACGCUGUCGAACGUUGGUGUAAAGAAAAUAUCGCACAAACACAUUUCAUCAAAAAUCAAGGCAUACUUGGAAUAAGAAGCAGUCGGCACACCAAUGAUGCAAGAAAAUUAACCUUUACAUUCUUUAUAACAUGUCACCAUGGCAACCAAGACAACGAAGAUCUUGAUGAAGGCAUUUCCAACAAGAGUGAAGAGGAAGAGUCUGAUGCAGAUAAAUCCAAAGUUAUAUCAAGUUCACACAAAGAAAUUGUCAGUAAAGACAGUCAUCAUUUGAAGUGGUUUAGUAUUAACGAGGUAGUUGAUUAUCAUAAGUCAGAUCAACAAAUAAUAUCAAGAGAAGCCAUAGAAUGGACAUCUCAGAUAUUUACACAAGAAUUCCAGCUGAUGCCUUUGAACUUUCUUGAGAAUACUUAUUCCUUGUCAACUGCGUCAUCAAAAUAUGUUACAUUUAACUCUCAACUUGCCAAGAAACCAGCAUUACACAGAACUAGUGUGAAAACAACUGAGACUCCAGACCCCACAACAGCACGUGAGUUUGAUAAUAAUGACGAUGAUGAUGAUGAGGAUAAUGAUAAUGAAGAUGAUGAGGAUGAUGAUGAUGAUGAGAAAGAAGAGGAGGAAGAACAAGACAUCAAAACAAGAAAUGGAUCAAAUAGAUCAGAUGAUAAUGUUACAGAUAAGUCUUCUUACGACAAACUUGUGUUGUCAGCACAUUUUGGAAAGCUAGAGCAAUCUUAUAUCAACAAACUGUUUCUCAAGUAUUCUUGUAAUGAAAGCAAGACUGUAGAUAAAAGAAGAUUUUGCGAAAUGAUGAAAGAGUUGAAAGCAGACUUUGAGGAGAGCCAAAUUGAUGACUAUUUUCGUACGUUUGACUGUGAUGACAAAGGGUUUCUACAACAUCACGAUGUUCAGUAUGGGUUAGCGGCGAUGGAACCUAGUACCCCCCAUGGGGGUCUCUCUGGGGAGCUAAGAUGUCGUUACAUCUUUAAAUUCUACAACAAGGAAAAUAAUGGACUACUGGAUUUCUCUGGAUUCAAGGAAAUGGUACAAGAUAUUUAUCGUGCAAGGGGACAGCAACUGGACGAGGAGUUGCUUGUUAAAGCUGCUGCCGAUAAUGCAAGACUAUUUGGUGAUCAAAGACGAAAAGCCAUCUCACUAGUUGACUUCCUUGAAGCCGUAGGCUCCCUCAAGUUCCGUGGUACCUCAGUUCUAUUCCGCCUUCCUUUGUCCAUCACCAAGUUUGCACAAGAAGACAUGCUAGAAGGUUUGACGGGAGAAGCACAGUCAUUCGCUACCUCAGGCAUUUCAAACAAGAAGCGCAAAAGUCUCAGCAUGGAAUGCGAUGAAGAUACAACAGAUACAACAGACGUUGACGACGAAAGUCUAUCUGGAGACAGUUCAACUAAAGGAAAGACAUACGAGCUGGCCACACAUUCAGUGAAGGUCAGGCGCAGUGGCAUGUUGAGUGACGUCAGUGCAUUAUGGGAUAUGGGAGACAGUGAAGCUUUGGCAGGCUGUGCACUCCUUGAAAGUAACAGGUGUAAGAUACAGCGAUUACCGUCCAUUAACACCUUCAAUAAGCAAUCAGACGCCAAUCAAAUGCUGGCGGCUUUGAGGUACUUCGAACGAGCAAUCAAGCCAAAAGUAAUGGUUCAACAUCCACAAGGGAAGCCAGACUUCAGCUGGGGAGCUGUAGAGAUGAUAGUACUUGGGAACUGCCUGUUGUCUCUCUGUCAGAACGUCAAACAAAUCUUCAUGAAUGAACCAAGACUCAUCAGGAUCCAGUCCCCCGUUUAUGUUCUCGGUGAUAUCCAUGGUAACUUCCAUGAUUUAGUUUGUUUUGAGAAGUUGCUAUGGAGAAUGGGCCCAAUACUGACCCCUGCUAACUUUCUGUUCCUUGGUGACUACGUUGAUCGAGGGGAGUGUGGAUUAGAGGUUAUUGCUUACCUUUUUUCUCAAAAGCUGCUCGCUCCUUCUAAGUUUUACCUCAUCAGAGGAAACCACGAGUGUCGCACCAUACAAAAGAUGUUUACCUUCAAAACUGAAUGUGAAAAAAAGUUUGGUAAAGAAAUGGGUAAUACCGUGUGGCGAGGGAUCAAUGCUGUCUUUGAUGUUCUGCCCUUGGCGGCCACUAUUGAUGAUAAGAUAUUCUGUGUCCAUGGUGGAAUACCGCUGCCCAUCCAAGGUAGCGGGCGCAUCGAAGCAAUCAAUGAAGUUCAAGUGAACCUUGAUGAACCUGAUAACCAAAACGACUUGGCCUGGGAGCUAAUGUGGGGAGAUCCAGUCAGAUUGCAGGAGCAAACCCCAGAAAUAAAAAGGAAGCUAGAAGAAAAUGAUGGAUUCAUACCGAACAAGAAGAGAGGGACAGCGCAUGCGUUCAGUUCUACAGCCCUGGACGCGUUCUUAACCAGAAAUGGCUUGACACACGUGAUCAGGGCACAUGAAGUACAGCAAGCAGGAUUCCAGGUUCAGCAGAACGGCAAGCUUUUAACAGUCUUUUCCUCGUCACAUUAUUGCGGAGGAGCCAAUGAAGCGGCGUGUAUUUUAGCUCAUCAACACAAGCUACGCACAAUCCGUUUGGACACCAGCUGAAAUAUCUAAGUGGAAAAUGUUGAAAUGCUGCACUGUUAGCAAAUCACUCUGAAUCUCAAUCCUUAGUUCAAACAAAUACCAUUUCCAUCUUAAAAACGGGGCAAAAAAAGGUCGCUUUAUUCUUUAUUCUGUAUAUAUUUGAUGUUCGGUCGAGUCUCGUGAAGAGGAAUGCGCUGACCAGGGAAAACCAUUUCAGUGUUGGAGGCAUGAUCGAAAACCAUGUUGUGUUGAUACGUAAUUUUUUAAAUAAUACGAAUUUGUUUGCGUUUGUUAAAAGGUGUCUAACAUCUAAAAAAAGAUGCAUUUUUAUUUAUAAAAGUUUGAAAUAUUAUAUGGAAAACAAAAUUACAUUAAAGAAUUAUUCCGAGAAGGAGUGCGACAACUCACGUGACUCUAGAUUCAGUUGUUAAACCGUUAUGUAGUUAUCAUGGCAUUGAAAUGGUUUGCCAUAAUUGACAAUCAAAUGGUGGCCUUCCACUCAAAGGGGUUUUAACGCGUCAACGUGCACUCAAAAGGCUUUCUGUGCCAUGAUUUCAAAAUGGCGGACUGAAACUCAUAUGGUUUACGUAUGUGUAUCUCGAGAAAUGCUAUACUAACUCGCACAUGACAAGAAACUCUACCACGUGAUGGUAAAGCCAUACUGAGACCUUGCUCGCGUAGCUUACGUGCAAAAGUCAAAAUAAAAUGGAUCAUCGGUC